AUGGGGGGAUGUGCCUGGAAUGCGGCGGCCUCCUCUAAUUGUCGAGCUGACGACGUCGAGCCGACGCCGGCUAACCGCAUCAGAACAAGUGGAUUGGUCAAGCAUCGACCUGCCACACUCAGAACAACACAACUCAGGCACAAAACAGAUGACUAGGAACGAAGGAACAACGGUAUACUGUCUAGCGUUGCAGACCAAACACUUCAAUUUACGCUAAUAAAAAGCUUGCUUUCUAUUGGAGUCAGAUGAAGGUUGAAAGAGAAAAUAUCCUCUACAUCUAUUAUCAAACUAGGUUAAAGUCCGUUUUUGCGACUUGAAAGGGCGGGACUUCUCUGCGCUCUCCUAAUCUCUCGACAUCUCUCUCAUGUUUACGUGCUAUUUCCAUGUUUCUCUGACCUCGCCGGUGAGGGAACAGAGAGACGCAGACACGCGAAAACUGUCAAAACUACUUUUAGUUGAAACUUUACAGCAAUAACCAUAGCCAAAGUCGGAAAGGAUCGAAAGAGGCUCCAUAGAAAUUGUUCAUUUUAAGGCGAUAAAGGUUCCUUUUUUGCUGCUUUUUUGCGCCAUUCCAUCGGCUCUUGUGCACCAUUUUUGCUGCUUCUCCCUUUUUCCACCAUUUCUUGAACCUUUGAAAUUCCAGAAAAAGUGGAAGGAUCGAUGGAAAGACCUUUUUUGCUGCCUUUCUGCGGCCUUUUUUGAACUGCUCCCUUUUUUGUGGCCAUUAUCCACCAUUCCGACAUUUCCCGAGCAGGCUGCUUGAAAGACUGCCUUUUUGAAAACGAAAACUACUUUUUGGAAUCAGCUUCUUAAAAAAGUUAAAAGUUUGAUGGCCAAGGUUUUACAAUAUAAAAAUAUCAUAUAGAAGGUUGAUUUUCCAUGAAGUUGAGAAAUACAGAAAAUUUUUACAAGAAAAAACAGUAUUUCAUUUAAAAAAAUUUUAAUUGAAUGGGAUGAUGAUGGAAAUUUCAAAAAUUAACGCGUAGCCGUUUUAAAAAGUGAUAAAAAAACGAAAAAAAGAAACCAACAAUCAUUUAAAAAUCAUGAAAAGGAAAAAAGAAUAUUAAACUACCAUAAUCCAUAAAUAGAAGUUGUGAUGGAAAGGAUAAGGUCAAUUGAUCUGUGGUCAGAGGUGCAGCCAAUUAUAGGGCCCGAAAAAGUGGUUCCUAUAGUGGUAAAAUUAAAGUUAUCCCUAUAGGGAUUUAGGGCCUGACCCCUGAAAAAACAGAACUGAAGAAUCAUGGUUGCCCGAUAAUCGGCCAGAAACAGAAAGUGAUCGUUUAAGGCCAGAAAACAGAGAGAAGUAUCAAAGCAAGCCAACUACAAAACAAAGAACGACAAGUGGAUAGAAGGUCGACGAGAGAAGGGACUCGAGAAUUCGCCUACUCGAAGCUCUCUUCCGAAGCGGCGGAAGAAGGCGUGGAGCCUGGAGGCGACGCGGGCAAGUGUUUACAUUUGAGGGUCCGAAAAAGGGAGGAAGACGAUGUCAAACGAACCGGAGAAUGA